AUGCGCUCGUUCUGUGUUGCGCUUGUGGCGAUUACCGUCUUCCUGGCGACAUGCGCUACUGCCAUCGAUCAGUCUCCGCUGGUCAGCGUCGCCUCCACGGAGUUUGACGGAGGGCGUCGAGUGACUGAAGCUGCGAGAAAACCCAAACGAUCUCUGAGGCGGGGGAAGGCGUCUGAAGACAGUGGCGUGGAUGUGAAGGAACUUGAUGAAGAUCGAAUGUUAUUGCUGGUAUUUUUUUUACUGUAA